AUGGGAGAGGAGAAGCCAAAAUCAGGUGGAGUGUGGCCAACUGUGAAGCCCUUUGUGAAUGGUGGUGCUUCUGGUAUGCUUGCUACAUGUGUCAUCCAACCCAUUGAUAUGAUCAAGGUGAGAAUUCAAUUGGGUCAGGGGUCCGCUGGUGAGGUGACCAGGACCAUGCUUAAAAAUGAGGGAAUUGGUGCCUUCUACAAGGGUUUGUCGGCUGGCCUUCUUAGACAAGCUACAUAUACAACCGCCCGUCUUGGUUCGUUUAGGAUUUUGACUAACAAGGCAAUUGAAGCCAAUGAUGGGAAGCCUUUACCGCUAUAUCAGAAAGCUCUAUGUGGGUUGACCGCGGGAGCCAUAGGAGCGUGUGUAGGUAGUCCUGCAGAUUUAGCACUUAUCCGCAUGCAGGCUGAUGCGACGUUACCUGCUGCUCAGCGCCGGAAUUAUACAAAUGCAUUUCAUGCCCUCUUUCGAAUUGUUGCUGAUGAGGGAGUUUUGGCACUCUGGAAAGGUGCCGGCCCUACUGUAGUGAGGGCUAUGGCACUUAACAUGGGAAUGCUUGCUUCUUAUGAUCAAAGUGUGGAGUUCUUCAAGGACAAUCUUGGUUGUGGCGAGGCUGCUACUGUGAUAGGGGCGAGUACUGUAUCGGGGUUUUUUGCUUCUGCUUGCAGUUUACCAUUUGAUUAUGUCAAAACCCAAAUACAGAAAAUGCAGCCGGACGCUGAAGGGAAAUUUCCGUAUACUGGUUCUUUAGAUUGUGCCAUGAAAACCCUGAAAGCAGGAGGACCUUUUAAAUUUUACACUGGAUUUCCCGUAUACUGUGUUCGAAUUGCCCCUCAUGUCAUGAUGACCUGGAUAUUCCUGAACCAAAUUCAAAAAUUGGAGAAAAAUGCUGGAUUGUCCCAGUUUUCGUCUGUAUCUAACUAUUUCUUUUUCCAUCAAAACACCCUACACAACCCUGAUAUGCAGGGGUCUGAUCCUGUUUCUCAAAACGGGAGUUACGGGACAUUGACGAAAAUGGGUCAGUUGGUGAAUGAGGUUGAUGAUUAUGGGGUAAAAAGGGCUGGAAAGGAGAAUGUCAGAUUGAACAGUACAGAUUUUGAAUCAAAGGUAGAGAUGAACGAGACUUGGGUGAAAACGAUGAGUAAAUGUGAUAUUUUUGAUGGGAAAUGGGUCAGGGAGGAUUUGAAUCCUUCAUAUCAACCGGGUUCAUGUCCUUAUAUUGAUGAACCUUUCAACUGUUAUCUCAAUGGAAGGCCUGAUAAUGGCUUUGAGAAGUACACAUGGCAGCCGAAUCAUUGCAGCAUCCCAAGGUUGAGUGGUAGAGAUAUGUUGGAAUUAUUGAGAGGGAAGCGUUUAGUGUACGUCGGCGAUUCUUUGAAUAGGAACAUGUGGGAAUCCAUGGUUUGUCUUCUCUGGAAUUCAGUAGAGGAUAAGAGCAAAGUCUUUGAGGCCUCUGGUAAAUACGAAUUCAAGAAAGAAGGCGCCUACUCCUUUGUAUUCGCUGAUUAUAAUUGUUCGGUGGAGUUCAUUCGAUCUCCAUUCUUGGUUCAAGAAUGGAAAAUGCCGGACAACAAUGGAACAAAGAAGGAAACCCUUAGACUUGAUCUGGUUGAGAGAUCAUGCGACAAAUACAAAGAUGCAGAUGUUCUUGUCUUUAACACGGGACACUGGUGGACGCAUGAGAAAACAUCUGAAGGCAAAGGAUACUAUCAAGAAGGAAGCCAUGUUUAUGGAAAAUUGAACGUAACUGAAGCAUUUCGUAAAGCAAUGACAACAUGGGCUAGAUGGAUUGAAUCCAACAUAAAUCCUAUAAAGACACACGUUUUCUUUAGAGGCUACUCAGUCUCCCAUUUCAGUGGUGGAGAAUGGUAUUCGGGUGGAAAAUGCGAUAGUGAUACAGAGCCAAUCACAAAUGAAGAAGAGCUAACGCCUGUAUUUCCUCCAAUUCCGGAUAUGUUGGAGAAUGUCCUGAAGGGGAUGAAACAAACUGUGUUCUAUUUGAACAUUACAAGAAUGACUGAUUUUCGCCGGGAUGCACACCCCUCAAUAUACAGGCAACCGAACAUGACAGAAGAGGAGAAGCAAGAGUUCGUCAGGCACCAAGAUUGUAGCCAUUGGUGCCUUCCUGGUGUUCCAGAUACAUGGAAUGAGAUCAUGUUUUCUCAGUUACUGUUGAGACAUAAACAAAAACAACUGCAGCAGAAAGUACAAAACACAACAGCUUCAUAG